AUGUCUCGACGACGUCCGAACUUCUCGACUCGCACUCCUGAAGAAGAUGUUUCUCGCCUCGACCCAAAUGAACAUGGAGACAAUACGGAGAAUCGUGCGGGCCUCUUGAACUGGCCCUCAAAUAUCUGGUCCCGACAUCAUGGGUUUGACCAGGCAGAGUCGGGAGAACCUCGACGGCAUUCUCUACCCCGAAACUUUUUAGGGGGACUGUCUCGAUGGUGGAACAACAGCACCGGAGUCGAACGAAAUCAUGACGCCCAAGACGAGAGUGGUAUCUCACAGCUGUCUUUCUCCGCUGGACCUCUUCGAGAGUCCAGUGUGGAUAAGAAAGAUAGGAGUGGACAUCGACCUCGUGCAACAGAAGAGACCAAAAAGCUUGGAACAUUCUCCGGAGUAUUUGUGCCUACCACGUUGAACGUGCUUAGCAUUCUUAUGUUCCUUCGAUUCGGAUUCAUUCUUGGCCAGGCUGGAUUACUGGGCAUACUGGGGCUACUGUUGGUGUCAUAUAUGAUCAACCUCGUGACAACAAUGUCUCUUUCCGCAAUCGCAUCCAAUGGCACUGUCCGAGGUGGAGGUGCCUAUUACUUGAUAUCAAGGUCACUCGGCCCGGAAUUCGGUGGGUCAAUUGGAAUCGUGUUCUACCUGGGAUAUGUUUUCAACACCGGCAUGAAUGCUGUCGGUUUGAUAGACUGCUUCACAGAGAAUUUUGGUAUGAACCGGGGCUCGUUGGCAAAUUUCCUCGCUGAAGGUUUCUGGUGGCAAUAUCUUUGGGGAACUGUUAUUUUGAUUCUCUGCACCGCAAUCUGUUUGGCAGGAAGUUCCAUCUUUGCGAGAGCUAGUAACGGCCUCCUCAUUAUCCUCCUUGUGGCCACGUUUAGUAUCCCGCUUUCUGCCCUCUUUGUGAAACCAUUCUACUCACCCAAGGAACGCGUGGAAUUCACGGGUCUCAGUUUGCAGACUCUAAUGGAAAACCUCAAGCCUCAUCUCACCAAGGGCGCUGCCGGCAGCCAGAUGAAGGGAAGAGAGAAUUUUCAAGACCUUUUUGGCAUUUUGUUUCCUGCCACAGGCGGUAUCUUUGCUGGUGCAAGUAUGUCGGGUGAUCUGAAACAUCCGAGCAAAGCAAUCCCCAAAGGCACCCUGUCUGGUCUUGCCUUGACAUUCAUCACAUACGGAUUGGUCAUUCUUGCAAUGGCGUCUUCCAUCACCAGAGAAUCGUUUUACAAUAACGCCAAUGUCAUUCAAGUUGUAAAUGCAUCAGAUAUCCUUAUUCUCCUGGGAGAAUUUGCAACUAGUUUCUUCUCUGCCCUGAUGGGGGUGAUCGGUUCCGCAAAGCUUCUGCAAGCAAUCGCGCGGGACAGUCUCCUUCCCGGACUUACCAUGUUUAGUCAAGGCACUAAGAAAAGUGACGAUCCUGUAUAUGCCAUCAUCGUGACAUUCAUUUUUGCCCAGGUCACGAUGCUGUUCGAUAUCAAUCGCAUUGCUUCUUUUGUAACCAUGGCCUACUUAAUGACCUUCCUGGUGACAAACUUAGCUUGCUUUCUUUUGAAAAUAGGAUCAGCCCCGAACUUCCGACCGUCGUUCCGUUAUUUCAACUGGCAGACUGCUGCCAUCGGAACUGUUGUCAGUGGAGUCAGCAUGUUCUUUGUGGAUGGUCUAUAUGCAGGUGGAUGUGUGGGAAUCCUAGUGAUUCUUUUCCUCUUGAUUCAUUAUACCUCGCCGCCUAAAUCUUGGGGCGAUGUCAGCCAAAGUCUGAUCUACCAUCAAGUACGAAAAUACUUGCUCCGCUUGCGACAGGAACAUGUGAAAUUCUGGCGGCCGCAGAUCUUGCUUUUCGUCAGUGACCUUGAUAGACAGUACAAGAUGGUAUCAUUCUGCAACUCGUUGAAGAAAGGUGCCUUGUUCGUCCUUGGUCACGUCCUGGUGACAGAUGACUUUUCAGCGGCCGUUCCAGAGGCGCGCCGUCAACAAACAGCGUGGACGAAACUUGUCGAAUUUUCCAAGAUAAAAGCAUUUGUCAAUAUUGCAAUUUCCCCGGCAGCUGAAUGGGGCAUGCGAAAUAUCGUCCUCAACUCCGGGCUAGGAGGAAUGCGACCGAACAUCGUUGUGAUUGACCAAUUUAGAGAAGACCAGAGCCUGGCAGAGACUUUCUCUUUGAGCAGCAAUCGCAGAGAGUCUUCGAAAUCCAGACGACGAUCUUCCAUCAUUGGAUCCAGACUUGAUGCGGACGAUCCUGCACCGCCCACCAAGGGCAUGAGCUGUAAGAGCUACGUCACAAUUUUGGAAGAUAUGCUCUUCAAGCUUCGCAUCAAUGUUGCUGUUGCCAAAGGAUUCGAAGAUCUCGAGUUGCCGGAUCUUCACGGCCGCCAUACAAAGAAAUACAUAGAUCUAUGGCCGAUCCAGAUGUCCGCGGAACUUGGCGCAGACACGGAAAGCAAACAGAAUGUGCUUACUACAAACUUUGACACCUACACUUUGAUCCUUCAACUCGGUUGCAUCCUGAACACGGUGCCAUCAUGGAAGAAAACAUAUCAAUUGCGGGUUGCCGUGUUCGUCGAGUACGAAACUGACGUCGAAGACGAGCGAGGACGUGUGGAGGCUCUUCUCGACAAACUGCGAAUACAAGCCGAGGUGCUCGUAUUCUGGCUUGCCCGCGGCGAUCUCAAGGCCUACCGCGUCAUUGUGAAUGGCGACACCUCUCCGGAAAUGGAAGAUGCUCGAGAAAAUGUGAAUACUGUACUUAAAAAUGAAGAUUGGUGGCAGGGAGUCGUGAAGGCGCGCACCCGUUUCCAGAACAUGCAGGAGCAGGAGCAGCAGCCCACGGCCGAAGAUUUACCGCAUAUCGACCGAACAUCGACAUGGCAAGGCCCGACCAGUCAGGAUAGCGGCAACCGGCCUCUUCAGCAGCGGGUCACAGGGUUACGCAGAUUGAUAUCGAAGCGCCGACGAUCCGUGUCUAGUUUCCGCGCCCUGGGAAGCGUCAGCCUUGGCAUGCAAACACACCGCUUGUUGGAUGCAUUUGUCGACUAUGACGGUGACGAUUCAUCCAGUGCAAGCAGCGACGACAGUGAUUUCGACCCUUACACGAGCGAUCCCGAGAUUGACGAGGGCGAGGAAAGUAUCGCGCAUGAGGACGAUGCGAGCAAUCGAAAUGGCAGCGAUAACGCUGAUCUUUUGCGACCCCUCGAACGGAGUCAGAGCGAUGACCGUGGCUCUAGUGUGAGUCCAACUGCCGAUACACCGCCUCGCAAGGAUUCGUCCGGGCGACUGAUUCCUUCGAUUAUCGAGACCGGCGACAAUGCUUCGCCAAAGAGCAAGCCGACUUCCCGUCCGGGCAUUAGUCGGAGUGCAUCCAGCAACCGGUUCACUUCCUCGCCAAUCCCCGAAGCCAAGGUCAACACGGACGCGGAAGAAGGUGCUGGUCCCAGUAUCAUGUUUGCGUCGAACGCCUCCCCGCCACGGUUCCAUAGCAAACUUGACUCAAUCUAUGUGCGUCGCCCGUCGAUGCCUUCGCCAAGCUCCAGUCAAACGGCUUCUGGGUUCCCUGGUCCCGCCUCGAUCCCGUUGUCCUUUAAUGACCUGCCCAGUCGGGCGCAACAUCUUAUUCUGAAUGAGUUGAUGGUGCAGCAGAGCAGUGAUACGGCCGUGAUCUUCACCACGCUUCCAUCACCGGUGGAAGGGACAUCCUUGGGAGAGGAAGAUAGUGCCUCGUAUUUGAGUGAUCUAGAGGUGCUGUGGAAUGGGCUGCCGCCGUGUUUAUUGGUGCACAGCAAUAGCAUGACGGUGACGAUGAAUCUGUAA